UUCUGUAGGAGGAGGAGAUACGUGUAGUCCUGGCUUUAGCUGGCUUAGCACUAGCAGCAUAUAGCUAGGCGGAGGCGCAACAAGCUCCUUGAACGCCCAAAUAAGUACUCCUGUCUCGGUUUCCCCCUUCUCUUUUUGGAAUUAGCUACGUUUUUUAUUGGUUUGACUUCCACUUGGAGUGACACGAGUACCUAAAGUAUCCCUCUCAAAAAUUCUGGUGAUGGCAUGGUCAUGUGUUCAGCCGGCACUGUGGGUGUGGAAAUGGUUUUAACAGACGCUGUGUUGGAGGACUCGGGAACACUGCACUGGCCUGGAGGAGCCUCAUAAACAACCGCGUACAUCCACAAACCGCUUUGUUACAGGAAAACAUUAACAAAACACCGCCGUGACAAAGGACACAGAAACGCGGGCAAACAACACAAGCUUCACCUGAAGGGCACGUUUGUAACUUCUGGGUGUGUGUAACCCAAAUAUUGUUGGUGUCCCAGCUGCUCUCCUUGUGUGAGAGUGUACGUUUGAUUUCUUGUCUGUCCCAUCUUAACCGCCACCAUGCCAAGCACCAUCCGCCGGCAGAUGAAGAACAUGGUUAACAACUACUCCGAAGCGGAGAAGAAAGUCAGAGAGGCCACGUCCAACGACCCCUGGGGGCCGUCGUCUUCACUCAUGUCGGACAUCGCCGACCUCACUUACAACGUGGUGGCCUUCAGCGAGAUCAUGAACAUGAUCUGGAAACGACUCAACGACCACGGCAAGAACUGGCGCCACGUCUACAAGGCGCUCACCUUGCUUGACUACCUGAUCAAGACGGGCUCAGAGAGAGUAGCGCUGCAGUGCAAAGAAAACAUCUUCGCCAUCCAGACUCUGAAGGACUUCCAGUACAUCGACAGAGAUGGCAAGGACCAGGGCAUCAACGUCAGGGAGAAGAGCAAGCAGCUAGUGGUCCUACUCAAAGACGAAGACCGCCUCAAAGGAGAGAGGUCUCAGGCUUUGAAGACCAAAGAGCGUAUGGCCCAGGUGUCCACAGGGAGCAGUCAUAUGGGAUUUGGCCGAGGCUCAUCUCAACCCAACCUCUCCACUUCCUACAGUGAAGAGUAUGGCAGAUCAGAGGGAUCACCUGCUUCCUACCAUGGUUCUACGUCUCCUAACGCCGGUUCAGAACUGGAACAGGCCAGACCUCAGACCAGCGGAGAGGAAGAACUGCAACUGCAACUUGCCUUGGCCAUGAGCAGAGAGGCUGCAGAGCAGGAGGAGCGCAUACGCCGAGGAGAUGACCUGAGACUACAAAUGGCCUUAGAGGAGAGUAAGAAAGAAGGCCCAGGCUCUGCAAAAGUUGCCAAGAAGAAAAAAGAGCCACAGUCCACUUUGAUGGAUCUAAUGGAUGUCCCCGAGCCUGGUGCCAGUGCUGACCCCUGGGGCACGGGAGCUGGGGCCGGAGCUGCUGCUGCAUCAGCUGACCCAUGGCAGCCUUAUGGAUCUGCCCCUAAGCCAGCAACCUCAGUGGACCCAUGGGGCACUUCUACUGUCCCACCCAUCAAGAGCAGCGAUCCCUGGGCGCCCAACUCCAUUCCUGCUUCUGACCCAUGGGGUUCUGCAGCAGCCCGCCCCAAACCCUCCAACACAGGUAGCUUUGACCUGUUGAGCGCAUCCAAUGGUACAUCCAAAGAAGACUUCUCAGAGUUUGAUAGCCUGCGCUCUUCCUCCUCUGUCCCCACUGGUGAUAUGGGCAUUGCAUCUUCUGUCCCCUCCCAACUCAGCCUGGCCAGCAGUAGCAGCCUGGACAUAUUUGAUCCCCUUCCCACCUCAGCAUCUACUUCCAUCAUCACAAACCCAACUAGAAAGACUCCUGAGUCCUUCCUGGGUCCCAAUGCUGCCCUGGUCAAUUUAGACUCUCUGGUGACCAAACCGGCCCAGCCUGCGCCAGCUGUCAACCCAUUCUUGGCUUCAACAGGUGGCUCUGCUCCAACCCCGGCCAACCCCUUCCAAGUGAGCCAGCCAGCUCCCCCCACCCUCAACCAGAUGCGCGUCAGCCCGAUGCCCUCUGGCUUUGGCAGCAUGGCAGAGCCCAUAGGCCUUUCCUCCAUGCCUCCUCAGCCCGUCCCCAUGGUCCCUCUGACAGGUAUGGCCCCCAUGGGCCACUCGAUGCCUGGAGUGGGUGCUGUGGGAGGCAUGGGGAUGAGCGCAGGGAUUCCAUCCUCCAUGUCCAUGCCCCAGCCCCUGAUGAGCAUGCCCCCCCAGGCUGGGACUCAAAACACCGGAACCACCAACCCGUUCCUUUUGUGAGAGGAUGACAGGGAGAGGGACAUCAUGGAGUAACCCUUCCUUUUACUCUUCAACUUUAGCCCCUCAAGAAGCUUCAAAACGAACAAGGAGACGUCUUAUCUCAAUUAUCCAUUUAUAACCAACUCCAAGCCAGAGUCCCAGCAGGACCCUCUCCUACCUUACCACACUCCCUAACUCCUUUCUUCUCUCUUUCUUUCUCUCCUACAAGCUGCCUAGUCCUGUGUUCCAUGCUGAUCUAAUGAUAAUGUUGAUGACCACAAAGAGUUUGCAUCAGUCCACAGACUUUUAAGAGUAGCGUCAGUGUUUACAGUUUUUCCACUGAGGCAGGACUUGGCCACAGUCUCUCCUCCCUGUCCUUUUCUCAAUCAUUUCUCCCUUACUUCUUCCCUUUAGGACCGCUCCUCUCCUCUUCUGUAGUGGAGUGACAGGAGAGUCUGACUGUUCUAAUGCCAGGAUCUUAUCUCUUCACUAGAGCUAAUCUUUUAUAAGCCCUGCCAGCUGGUGUGUGUGUGUGAGAGAGUGCACAUCUCAGUACUUUUACACUGUGUAUUUUCCAGCGAGUCAACUUCCACUCACUGGAGUAAAGAUGAGAGAUGGUUAGAUGUGUUUAUACUCUGUGUGCGAGUGUGUGUGUGUGUUACAAAGCAGGAAUUUUGCACAAUUGUUUGCUUUUUUCUUCUUCUUUUGUUUCUUUCUUUUUUUCUUUUUUUUUCUGUGACUGUUGGGCUCACCGCUACACCUUAGCUUAGGGAGGACGUCCAGCCGCUUAAAACAGCCGAGUCGACACACACACACAAACACAAAAACACAGUGCCUCGGCUCAUGGUCACAACUCUCAUCUGGUCACUUCCUCUAAUCUCUGAACUUUCUUCAGACCCUCCAGAUGACCUUUGACCUCAGUGGUUCACAGGAAUAACAAUGAAAGCUUCUCAGAGGAGAUGUUUUGUUUGUUUGUUUUUAAAUAUCUGUGUUUUUGCUCACAUGCAAGUGUACUGAUACUAACUACUACAUGUUGAGCCCCCCCAAAAUGUUUGUAGUGAAAAAGACAUGAACUGUGGUGGCAUCAGUAUUUUUUGUUUUUUUUGCUAUAUAAAUAGGAUGCAGUGAGGCAUCAUGGGACAGUUUUUGUUUUUUUUGUUUUUUUUUAAAUUUAAGUUUGUUUCAAGGCUCAAAGGGAUACGUGUGGAAGGAGGGUUGUGUUUGUGUGUGUAUGUCUGUGUGUAUAUGUGCGCGUUUGCAGGAGAAAUGCAUUUAGUUUCCAAGUGUACUUUCAUGAACAAGUUUUCCCAUUUCUCAGUCUGAUAAGUGGAAACUGAUUUGGAAUUAGUUUCUGAAGUGGAACUCAAACAAGGGGCAACUUAGGCAUCAACGACCUUAAGUGUGUGUGUGUGUGUGCGCGUGCCCGCAUGUUUGCAGCAGAUAUCAGUGAUUGUUGCUUUAACAAAAAAAUAUAUAUUUUAAAGCAUAUGACAGACACUUGGCAUUGUGGGAAGAGUUUACCUCUGACUGGAUUUGCUGGCGUUAAUCUAUCUACAGGAUUACAUUACCUAGUGGGAACGCACGCACUCACUCACACACACAUUUUCAAAGGGGGUUGUUCCAGGAUCAGUCUAUUGAUAGCACAGGGAAUCCCACAGCAAACAACAGCGAGUCAUGUUACGUAAACGUGCGGUUGUUUUCUUGUGUUGGUUACUUUAUUUUGUUUUUGUUUGUGUUAGGUGUAAAUCCAUAGCCAAGCUUAUCAGAGUUUUGGAGCUGUGUACCUAGCUAAGCCAUGUGUCAUCUUUAUUUUAUUUUUUUUCCUGUUACUCUAGUUUGUGUCACCCUAUGGGUAGGCUAUGUAAUUCUCUUCUCUUAGAAGCACAACUGUUACCAAAGUCAUAGCGACUGUGAUUUCGGAGGAUGCCGUACUCUGAUUACUUUGAACAGUAGAGUCACCGCUUACUGACAUUUCCCCCCUUCUCUUUCUGUUUAUUGACGCUCUUGAGAUCAGAGACUCCAUUGUUAAAAUGUUUUAUAUUUCAGAGCUGUUUUACAUUUUGUUCAGAGUUUUGUGUAAGAAAGUGUUACUGUUGGCUGAACAUCAGCACAUUUACUGACAGCGAGCCGAGUGUCUUGUCUUUCGUCAUUUUGGUUGUGAAAGGUGGGUUGAUGACAUUCAGCUAUGGAUGAAUUGCACCUGGUGUACAGACCCUUUUUUGUGUAAGUCAGAAUAGUUUCUUCAGAUCUUUCUCAAUAACUGCCAAUGUGACUGUGGAAAGCUUGUUUUUCCUUCCUUGUUAAUUUUUCUUUUGAUAUGGAUUGGCGCCCCCUCGUGGUCUGCUCUGGUAUGAUAGCUACUCUGCAGGACCGUGGAGACAUCCACUUAAAGCAGACCUUCAUUUCUCUCAGGCAAAAACAAAAGGAGGGGCAGCUCCGACCGUACGUGUGCGUAUGCUUUUCACGAGGGUGGCGGUGGUGAUUGCUUUUUACGUUUGGGGGUCCUGAAUGAAUGAAUGGAUGCAACCCCUGCAGACCAGCAAGCAUUUUUACAUUUUUUUAAUCUCAACUAAAUAUAUGCAAAAAUAAAAGAAGGAAAAAGUGAACGAGAUAAAAACAGACUUAACGCUUGAUGUGUUUUGCAGGAUAAAAUUUGCUAACUAAGUCUUGUUCAUGGAAACACUACUAUGAUAUUCUAGCUCAAGAUGUGUCACCUUCUCACCGGCCUUGUCUUUCACUGCGGGCCUGACCUUAAACUUCACUCUCAGCAAUUGCAGGAAAGUUCAUAGAAGCGUCGAAAAGAGAACAAAGGCUUCGAGCCGUCGCGCUCAAACAGUCUGAGAACGCUGCAGCCGGAAAACGUUUUUUCUUGAAUCCCUGGCAGCGUUGUUCACAGUCGUGACUAUGGUGCAGUGAAAAUGUGGCCUGUGUGUAGCGAGCUCCUCUGUGUUACAUUAUGUAUUCACUAUGCUUUUAUCAAGAGGACUAACUGACCUUACAGGCUGUCUGUCUUUGUAUGCAUAAACAGCCUCCUUUAUUCUUUUCUUUUCGUGUCUAUUUACCUUUCUCAUAGUACUGGGAGCAGGCUGCUUUUUCUUUCCUUUUUUUUAAUUUUUUUUUUUUUUUUAUUGGAUACGUGCUCAACCUGUUGGCAUUAUAACUGUAUAAUAUAAUUUAUCAUUUGUACUAUUGUAACAUACUGUUCUUCUGUAUACCUUAUUAUUCUGUGUAAUGGGUUUUUGUAGGAAAAGUCAUUGUGGUAUUUUAACGACAUCUAAACAAAUGAACGCAGCAGGCUCCGCACCCCUGUCGGAUGAGGACAACUGUAGCUGCAACUGGUUCAAAAUAAACUGUAUCACUUCAGCUC